CUGCUGACGUUACUCAACCGUCUGUUGUUGUUUUUUUUAAGUAUAGUUAGUUAAUUGACAGAGAAAGCAAUGGGAUGGACAACAUAAAUUGCGAACAUAAAGAUAACCAAGUAAAUAACAUUUUGACUCAAGAUCAUGGCGAUUUUCCACAGAUUGCAGAAUUCACUCCACAGGAUAUGACGUAUUGCCUCAUCUUGUCCAUCACAGCUCAGGGGGUUCAGUUUAUUAACAGGGUGGCCCGUUAAACACCGCUAAAACAAACAGACAGCAAAAACGGUCCAGCUUUAGGCCUUCAGUUUAAAAAAAUGGCCCAGCUGCAGGCCUGUUUGCAGCAUGACAACAACCGCCAUCGUCUGUUAAUCGGAUAGUGCGAAGGACUUUGAGUGGCUGCAGGCUUGCACCUAGCUAGCUAGCUAGCUAGCUAGCUAACGUUACGCAGCUGUCUGAAACCAAAGCUAGUCGGCUAUCUAACGUUAGCUGCUGCGGCUCGCUUUGCCAUAUGAUAUUGACGCACAUUGCAAAGGCACAGACCUCUACAGAAAGCGAUUGGAUCAGCAAAGCAACAACCGCAACGUUGAAAUGGACAAAGAAGAAGCAGACCGGCUGAUAGAGAAGGCCAAGCUGUGUUUACGGUCAGGAAGGAAAGAUCGGGCGCUGCAGCUGCUAUAUGAAUCCCAGAAUAUUUAUCCCAGCACCCGUGCCAGAGUGCUGAUAGAUGCCAUAGUAAGGAAUGGAGGCACCACUGCUCCACAAGGAAACCACGUGCCCCCUCCAACAGGCUGGAGAGACGAGGACAUCAGAAACAAUGAGACAAGUAAUGCGAGUGGUGAUGACAAGAAGAGCUACACCGAGGAUCAACGCCAGGGCGUUCUCAGGAUAAAGAAUUGCAAGGACUUCUAUGAAAUCCUCGGUGUUUCCAAAGAUGCCAGCGAUGAAGAUUUGAAAAAGGCGUACAGGAAGUUGGCCCUCAAGUUUCAUCCUGACAAGAACUUUGCUCCAGGAGCCACAGAUGCUUUCAAAGCAAUAGGCAAUGCGUAUGCUGUACUGAGCAAUCCAGAGAAGAGGCAGCAGUAUGAUCAAUACGGAGAUCAAUCUGCAGCUUCGAACGCACCCCAGUCGUCCAGCCACAGUCGCCAUGGAUACUACAGAAGCUUUAACAGAGACUUCGAGGCUGACAUUUCCCCCGAGGAACUCUUCAACAUUUUCUUUGGAGGACGGUUUCCAACCGGAAACAUCCACGUGUACACCAACCAGGGAGCCUCCUACUCUCAGUUCUAUCAGCCUCGUCGUCGGCGUGCUUAUGAGAGGCGCGAGGAGGUGGUGGAGGAAAACCAGACUCAGAACACCUUCACAGCGUUCCUGCAGCUUCUCCCUGUGCUGGUGCUAAUCCUCAUAUCAGUGUUUACUCAGAUGAUGGCUACUAACCCGCCCUACAGUCUCUUCUAUAAGCCGGCCAUGGGGCUGGUGGUGUCCAGGGAAACGCAGCACAUGGGCGUACCAUACUAUGUGGAUAAAAGUUUUCAGAAGGAAUACCGUGGAGGUGCACUGGAUGAACUAGAGAAAACAAUUGAGAGCGACUAUAUCGAACACCUGCAGAGCAGCUGCUGGAAAGAGAAACAGCAAAAAUCCGACUUGGCAAACCUUGGACAACUGUACCGAGAUGAACGGUUAAAGCAGAAGGCAGAGUCAAUGAGGCUGGACAACUGUGAGAAACUGCAUCGAUUGGUUGGGCGUCAGAGAGGCAAAUGAGGACUGUUUGAGAGGAGAACACGUUUCUUUACAGACUUUACAAUAAUGCAUUUUAUUGGAGUGUCUAAUUUAUCCAAUCUGGCCACUUUGUAAAGAAAUCUUUUUUUAAGGUACAGCACAGUCAGUGGGAGAUUAUGCCACUGGAAACAAUGUGCCUUGUCUCCUCUUUGAUGGUAGAAAGUAGAGUUGUAUGUUAGCUGCCAAGCCUGGCUGUGGUGGUAGCAGCAUCAAGUGCAAACUCACUGUGGUAGUGUGUUCGGUGUCUCAGAGCCUUUAAACUUUCUUAUAGAAAUGGCAUGACAUACGGGGGGUCUCCCUUUGGGGUUAUGAAGGUAGUAGUAUGUUCACACAUACAUUUUUGUUUUUUGAAGUUUUGUAGUUUACCUGUAUUUCCUUUAUUUUGAAUGGUUUUGUGUCCUCGCUGAAAUUUUAGGUGUAUUUAUUCAAUAUUUAAUAGAGUGAAUGAUACUUGAGAUUCCUGGCUUAUUGUUUUUUUCUGUAGAAAGUAAUACAAUACAGUGUCUUAAAUCAUACUGUAGUCUUUGCAAAAAUCUGAGAACUUCUGUACUGAAAUGACAGAGGGGCUUUUAAUUAUUAUUAAAACAAAGACAAAUCAGACACUAGAAUGGACUGCAACCUGCUGUGGUUAAUUAGGCAAUGUGACCUCUGGCACUAUAGCAAUAGGAGGCACAGUAAGUCUAUUACAAACCGUGUCCACAUUUUUCUGAUUGUGUUAUCAUAAAAGUAGAGCAGAGCUCCAGUAGAGCCAUCCUCAGUAAUUUUGAUUUGUCGCCAGCAGGGAGUCCAGUUUAAUCAAAAAGCCCAUUCACAGUCCCGCACUGUGUUCUGCUGUACCUGGUAGAUAUGGGAAGCUCGAUCGUGAGUGAUAUCUGUAAGGUUGCAGGGGCUUAAAUGGCACGCAAUAGCUUCUUUUUCUAGACCCUGCACAAGCUGGAAUCAUUUUGUUCUCAGAAAAAAAAAAAAUGUUGGCCCAUGAUUUAUAAAUGUUUUAUAAAUUCUGCACCUUUUUAUUUAUACUGUUUCAUAAAGAAGACACCUUUUUGUUUUGAAAAUCUUAAAGAGAAUUCAUUAAAAUUGUAUUCAGAAAUGGAACUUUCUCCCAAAGCUAGGAACCAGAAUUUGACUUUUGUGUUGUCAGUUCUAGUCAUGAGUAGGACGCUAGCUUUGUGGAGUUAACUUUAAUUGUUUCUACCAACCACAGAUGAUUCAAACUCUACAGAAAUCAAUAUUUCUUUGUGCACUAAGACUGCCAAACUGCCUUAGCUGUUCUCAUACUUUACAGGAAAUUUACAGGUCCAUCUCUAGCACUUUUAAGUUAAUAUUUAAUCCUGUGUUCCCUGUUGUUACUGUUGCAUGCACCCUAGUGAGAGAGUGUUUUAUUUUUCAGCGGACACAUCUUCAUGACUACUGACACACUAAAAAUGUUAACUGAUUAGAAUAUUGAAGUCCACACUGUCACUCACCAAGAUGUAAAACUUUUACUGUGAAAUGCAAAAAUCAGGUUUGGGUAUCAUUUGGUGUGGUAGUACACUUGAGCAACACUGCAGAAUUCAGUUUUCAGCCAAAUAUACCUGGAAAUUAAAGAUGUAACCAGAAUAGG